ACCCAUCCUCCAUUAUCUUGCAAAGAAACCCCCAAAUAUCUAAAGAGCACUAGAAUUGCCUUGCUGGAUCAAACUAGUCCACUAUUCUGUCUCAAGCAGUAACAGACUUGCCUGGUAAGUUUAUAAGCAGGGCACUGUUGAAGAUAGGCCUGCUGUUGUUUGUCUUGAACAAAGAUAAUUAGAAGUAUGAAGGUUCCAACGGCUGAUAAUGAAUUCCAUAUGUUGCUUAUGUAUUGAGUGAAGAAUACCCAAUAGUAGGGUCUUUCCUGAACCUACUACUAACCUAUUGCAGUGAAUCACCUCAAAUUCUAGUAUGUUAAGAGACAAGAAUUUCUCUCUGACACUAUGAUGUCAUGGGCCAAGUGGCCAAUCAUCAGUAGAUGACAUCAGGUCAGCCUUUAUUUCAGAUGAUGCAGGUUGGGGUAGUGGGUGGCUUCAGAGAGCAAUUGGAUUCUUAGCCAAACAGGAUCUAUCUGAAUAUAAUGUCCGUACCUUGCAUGACUGAGAUGAAGCCAGCAGGCAGGCUGCCAUCAAACUAUUUCCAUGCUAUGAACUCGUACCAAUCUACAUUGAUAGAGAAAGCAUCAUUCACAUCCCCAACCGUCACUUUGAGAAGAUGGAAGAAGAUGUGCUAUAUCAUUUUGCUUUUGGUACUCGCACGCACAAUUUACCUGCCUUGUUCGGUGAUGUAAAGUUUGUAUGCACCGGAGGAAGCCCUGCACGGAUGAAAGCAUUUAUCACCUAUAUUGCUACACUGCUUGGAAUUAAAAAAACAAGUAAUGACUUUCCCAACAUGUGUGCAACAACAGAUCGCUAUGCAAUGUACAAAGCAGGUCCCGUGCUGGCAGUCAGUGUGAGUGUACCAGUUAUGAAUCUUUGGCUGGAAUUCCAACCCCUUCUGUACAAGCAAAAACUACACUUUCAUGCAUACACAGAAGGAGAGCAUGGAAUAGGGAUGCCGUCCAUUGCGAUCAUGUUACAUGAACUGACCAAGCUGCUGCAUCAUUCCAAAUGCUCCAAUGUUGUCAUUAUUCGCAUUGGCACAUCUGGUGGAAUAGGUUUGGAACCAGGAUCAGUAGUGAUCACUAGGCAAGCUGUAAAUGCCUCUUUCAAGCCUCAGCUGGAACAGGUUGUUCUGGGGAAAUCUGUAUAUCGCAGAACAAACCUAAAUGAGGACCUGGCUGAAGACCUGUUGGAGUGUGGCUUCGAACUACAGGAAUUCAACACAGUAAUUGGAAAUACUAUGUGCACACUGGAUUUCUAUGAAGGUCAAGCCCGCCUUGAUGGUGCAAUCUGCUCCUACAGUGAGGAAGACAAAGUGAAAUAUUUAUCGGCAGCUUACGAUGCUGGAGUCAGAAAUAUUGAGAUGGAAUCUGCCAUUGUUGCGGCGAUAUGCAAUCUGACUUGUAUCAAAGCUGCUGUGGUAUGUGUCACACUCCUGAAUCGUCUUGAAGGUGACAGAAUUACCAGCUCUCAAGAGGUACUGAUGCAGUAUGAGGAAAGACCACAAAAACUGGUGGGACACUUUAUUAUGAAGCGUCUUGGGAAAAAGUGAAUUUCUUCUUUGGCAGUUUACUUUCAUUAAAUGCUUUGUUUCUUCAUGGGCAUUAAGCUACAA